AUGCCCCAAGACCCAAACCUUUACGGCCGACCGGCCCCAAAACGCCAGCGCAAGGAAAUGGACCUCUCGAGCUCCCUCUCCUUUGCCGCUCAAAUGUCCUCGCUACUCCAGAAACCCGGCCAGCCCUCAUCCUCCUCCUCCUCCAAGCCACGCCCAUCCAAAACAUCCGAGAUCUUCAAAACCAAACGCCACACCAGCGACGCAUCAACCACAAACGACAAGACCCGCCCUGGCCGCGCCGCCACCACCACCACCACCACCACCAGUAACAAAAAGGACAAGCUCCGCCUGCGCUCCCCAACCGGCACAUACGACUCGGAGCGCGACCGCGAGGCGGCCCGGCUGAACAUGGAGGAGAAAGCCCGGCGGUACGCCGCCAUGAAGCGGGGCGACUACAUCCCCUCGAGCAACAGCGACCGGGCGCCGCUCGUCGACUUUGACCGCAAGUGGGCCGAGAAGCACCUCGACGAAGCCGGCAACCGCAUCGAAGACGACACCUCAUCAUCCGCUUCCUCCUCGGACGACGACGACGACAACAACAACAACGACACGGAGCUGGUGACAUACACGGACGAGUUCGGGCGCGCCCGGCGCGUGACCACGGCCCAGGCGCGACGGCUUGAGCAGCGCGCCCGGUCCGGCCUGGCCGCCGCGGCCGACCUGGUGGAGAUGUCUGCGCGCCCGGCGGCGCCGCAGGGGCUGAUAUUCGGCGACGCGAUCCAGGGCGAGGCGUUUGCCGCCGCCGACGCCGACGCCAUGGAGAGCCUGGCGCGCAAGCGGGACCGGUCGGCCACGCCGCCUCCCGCGACGCACUACGACGCGCGCCAGGAGAUGCGCGGCCGCGGCGUCGGCUUCUACUCGUUCACGGCGGGCGACGAGGAGGCCAGGCGCAGGGAGAUGGAAGGCUUGGAGGCCGAGAGGCGAGAGACGGAGAGGGUGAGGGCCGAGAGGGAGGAGAAGGCCCGCGCGAGGAGGGAAGAUGCCGAGAGGAGGAGGCGGGAGAUUGAGGAGAGGAGGAGGGAGGUUGGCGAGAAGAGGGCAAAGAAGCUAGCCGAGAGCUUUUUGGACGGCUUGGGGAUGGACCUGGGUGCUUCUGGGGUUGCUGAUGCUGGUGCGACGGUUGAUUUUGAAUCCAAGAGGCAAAAGGAUGGAGAGACUAGAAAUUCAGACAGUCACCAGCCUGAUGGUGCGAGUAGACUUGGAGAUGGGACCGAGGCAGACGACAAGAAGUAG